AUGAAGGCAACCACAAUUUCCGUAGAGGAUCUGAUGACUCAAAGUGGACAGGUUCCUUAUACCAAAAGUUUAAAGAUUCAAGUUGUUGCCAUCACCGAUGUAGUGAACUAUAGAAACGACAAAAAUGAAAGCAAAAGUCUAAUGAAUGCUGCUGUUGUGGAUCACUCAAAAGCAGUAAAAUGCACGAUCUAUGACUCAACAAAGUUUCCUAGAUUUAAAGAAGGACAGUACCUCAUUUUACGAAAUGUCAUCAAGAAAACGGAUGGAGUAGUUGUAACAUCAAACACGAAAGUAUUUACUUGUGCACCUUUUGAAUUUGAACUCCCAGCAGCCAUACAGCAACGUGGGAGAGAAAUAUUAAAUCCUCCUCCAGCACCAGUGGUAAAUGUGAAAGAGGCACUUGACUUUCCACCUAAAGCAAGGGUUACAGUCAGAGGCAAAGUGGUUCAGGAAGAAGCAACGAGAGAAGUGUUCGUGACCGGUGUGUUAUUCAAAGAAGAAAAGACAAAAGUAAAGAACAUCUACAUUGAAAAUACAUCUUCCAGAUGUAAAGUUUCUCUCUGGAGAGAAAAUACUGAAGAAAGUGUUCGACCUGGGGAUUAUGUUCAAAUAACUGACGUAGUGACAAAUUCUUAUCGGAAUGAAGUGUCACUGUCAACAACCUUCAGGACAAAGAUUAGCACAUAUGAAGUCGACCCUGUUAUAGCUUUGGCCUCUGAUGAGACGUGUCCUCUUAACAGCAAGGAUGCAGAUUCAGUCGAUCCAGUUCUAGACUUGAGUCCUGACUUUCCUAUUUCUAGUAAACUUGAUAGCAACAAUAAUUCCUUGGAAAUCGAGGAACCUGAAACGUUAUUUGAUAGUCUUGGAGGAAAGCUUCACUGA